GGUUGGCGAGCCCGCGUACUGGGAGAGGCGGUACACCACCCGGGACAAGGGGGACAGCCAGGAUGACGUGGAUGACCGCGGCGCUGGCUGGCUGUGCCAGGACCUGCGCCUCGCCCAGCGGCGCCAACGCCGUGGCGUCGCAAAGAGCGGCGAGAGCGAGCGAAUGAAUUACAUGGCGGUCGGCCCAGUUCAAGAGUUCUUUACCAAUCGGCGGGUGGGCGUGGGCACGCUCGGGCCCCCCUCAGGCCCAGAGGUGUCCUCGCCCACGGCCGCCCUGGGGGUUUCCCGGGAGGCGUCGGCUCCCCCGGCGGCGGAGGUGCACGAGUUUUCGGCCUCGCGCGGCGCUGCCGGGCAGCGGGCCGGCCGCGCCGCGCUCCGCCUGCGGGCGCAGGACGGGCGUCGUGGUGCCCGCCACCGUCGGCAUCACGCCGGAGCGGCUCGGCGGACCGACCGCGCCGUGGGUGGCUGCGACGGCACGCAUCGUCACGCGCUUCCAGGACGUCAGCGCGACCCCGCUGCACGCGAGCGCGAGGACGAUGAUAAAAGAACACCUGGCGGACGUGUACGACUUCCAGCGCGGUGCGCCCAAGGAGACAAGGCCCUGGGUGAGUGGCUGUCGGUGAUGAGCAAGCUCUUGCGCAUGCUGCGCAGCACGGCUGUUGCGAACAUCACCAUCACAUCGGGCGCAACCGUAGAGGACGCGGGCGAGGGUAGGAAGGAGGAGGGAAAGAGGAGGAUGAAGGUGGACGGAUGA